AUGUCCGACGUACCACCAACCGAGCCCAUUCCCAAACCAGAGGAACCUAAAGCACCAGCCCCUGCACCUCAGCAACCUCAGUUCCAGCAAGUCCCUCCACCAAAUUACUACCAAUUUCCACCUCAAGGUUACUACCUACCACAAGGCUUCCCGAACUACCCUCCUCCUCAGCCUAUGCCUUACUUCCCCAACCCUUGGAUGUUCCAACAAGCUCCACCCCAGCAAUUCCAAUCUCAAUCCCAAUCGAAGAGAGACCAAGAGUUCGAAGAAGGUCUGAACCGUUUACGCAAAGAUUAUGCCACAGCCCCGAUGGAAGACGACAGGCUUUCAGUCUCUUCCCUCAAAUCGACCGAUUCGACUCGUACCACAGAUUCGGUUCGUGACCGUGAAGACUACCUCAAGCA